CGAGAGAGAGAGAGGACAGGAGGGAGAAAGAGAGAGAGCGAGACUCACACCCCCGCAUACUCGGGCUCUCUGUCAUAAAGUCACUUACUUACACAGGUAUACAGCACACUGAGGUUGUUCAAGAGAGAACAGGAGAGCGAGAGAGAGGAAGAGAGCGAGAGAGAAGACCUGCCACCGGUUGCUGAGACUUGAGCGUUCCAGGAGGCUCACAGAUAACCUGCCCUAUGUGCGGCUCCUCUCAAGGCUUCACGGCCUCCUCCCCGCAGCACAGUGCAGCCAUGCUAACCUCAGAGGGGCCCCUGCAAAGCACAACGGUUGCCACCGCCGUCACGACGCCAGACGUGGACAUGAGCUCGUGGAGCGAGGCAGAGUUUGAGGAGAGGUGCACUUACGUUAUCAAGGACCAACCUGUGGAGGAAGAGUCUGAAAACCGGGGCAGGACGUGUGCUGAGCGAUCCCUACCCAGAAACCUGGCUCUCAAACGCUGCCCCGACUCAGCAGAGGUGCUGGCCGUGACCAGUAAGGAGCCGAUUCCAAAGGGGACCCGUUUUGGCCCUCUGGUCGGGGAGAGCUACACCAACGAAACUGUGCCAAAAGACGCCAAUAGGAAAUAUUUUUGGAGGGUAUUCUCUGAGGGCCGCUUGCACCACAUCCUGGAUGGUUUGAAUGAGGAGAGAAGCAACUGGAUGCGUUACGUCAAUCCGGCCUGCGGCACUCGAGAGCAAAACAUGGUGGCAUGCCAGAACGGCCUGGACAUCUACUUCUACACGAUACGGCCGCUGCAGCCGGGUCAGGAGCUGCUGGUGUGGUACUGCCCUGAGUUCGCCCGGCGCUGCAACUACCCGCCGCUGAGACAGCUGGUUGCUGACAAACAAGGUUUGAGUCAGGAGAGGAACACAGGGAAGAGGGGGCACAGUGUCUGUGAAAUCCUCAAGGAAGAACCGGUCAAAUCUCUGCCUUCUGCCCCCCAAUGCUUGGACAGUCCUCUGUCCCAAACCAGUUCGCCGAUAUAUCCCAUCUGCCCCCGUGUGGUCUAUCCCCUUAACCCCCACCCCCACUCAGAAUCCAUCCACGGCCUCGGUUAUGCACCAAUGCCCCAUUCUGGCUCCCCGGCUUCUAAACAGGAAGGUGUGAGUAGGCCUGUCACAUCCCAUUUACACUUUGCCUUAAAGCACAACCCGGGCCCCAUUCCAGCCAAACUUUACCCAGAGUCCUCUGUGUCUGAUUGUGUCCACACUGGUCUCAGGCACACCCCGUAUCUGCUGCCUCACUACCCCCUUGGCCUCAGCAGCGUUCUACCUCACUCAUAUCCCUUCCAUAGUGAGCGGCUAAAACCUCACCUACCGCUUCCAUCUCAUUUAUUGCCUUUCGAUGCCUACACACACUACCUACAUCCUUCCGCUGCCAGAGGACACAAAGACUUGGCACUUGCACUAACCAACACCAACAGCAAGGACCUCAUCUCCACAAGGACAAGCUACCUCAAGAUCCCCAAUGUCACAUCACAGGAUGACCCGAGAGACCUCAAACACUCCCCCUCCAGCAGUUUGUACGGCGAUCUCCCCUUACCUGCCACCUCCAGUGCUUCAUUCAUGGCCACCUCCCUUCGGGGGGCACUGUCCACUCUUUUACCCAGAGGGGGUUCACCUCCCGUGGGUAUGGCUGCCUCUUUAGACUGCUUGCCAUCCAAACCCACUUCUGCAAUGCAGAGGACCAGGCCAAGCAGUGCUGAAGAUGCAAUAGACCUCACAAAAAACAAACGAGGGGGACGUGCAAUUGGUUAUAAGACCCUCUCUUACCCUCUUACCAGGCAGCAUGGAAAGAUCCGAUAUGAGUGUAACGUCUGUGGCAAGCUCUUUGGACAGCUGUCCAACCUUAAGGUCCAUCUUCGAGUGCACAGCGGAGAACGCCCAUUCAAGUGUCAGACUUGCAGUAAGGACUUCACCCAGCUGGCUCACCUGCAGAAGCACAACCUGGUUCACACAGGGGAGAAACCACAUGAAUGCAAGGUGUGCCACAAGCGUUUUAGCAGCACCAGUAACCUGAAGACCCACCAGCGGCUCCACUCUGGCGAGAGGCCCUACCAGUGCAAGCUGUGUCCGGCUCGUUUCACCCAGUUUGUGCACCUCAAGCUGCACAAACGUCUUCACACUGGAGAACGCCCACAUCGGUGCCCCCGGUGCCCGCGUGCCUUCCUUCACCACUGUAGCCUCCAGGCUCACCUCCAGGGCUUCUGCCCUCUCUCCCCCUCUUCAGCCCCCCACAGGCCUACGGCGGAGGAGCUGCACCGAGUCAACGCUGAGAUCGAGAGGUUUGACAUGAGCGAGGCGGCGGAGCAGCUCGAGGUCUUGGCCACAGAGUCUGAGCCGGACAAAAGGGAUUUUGUUUCCUUUAUGAAAGAGUUGGAGAGGCAGACGUCCUCCAUCAGAGGGGAGAGCGUGUCCUCAGGGAUGAGCAUCGACGGGACAGUAGAGGAGUCCUCUGCACAUUGGACGCAUCACAACAGCCCUGUGCAUUUCCAUCCAGCCAGCAUCAAGCUGGAGUCAGACUACAUAUCAGAGCCCUAAGACAUCCUUGUUAAUCCAACCAUAUAAUCCUUAGAGGUCAGCGCAGCAGCUGUCUGUUGCUGCCCUAUUUGAAGUAAAGCCUUAUCUCUAGCGUGGAUAGCCUUGGGAAUUAAGCACGCCCAGGGCCUAUUGACUUCACUGUGCUGAUGUCUAAAUCAUAAUUAAUUUAUUACACUCCUACUGAUUAAUAUAAAAUUUUACAAACUGACAUAUUUGUGAUAUGUUUUCUACUGUCUAUUUUGUAACUCUUCAAAGUUUUCAUAGAUGGAA